AGAGAGGUGGGGGGCCUGGUGCUGGAAUUGGAAUAGUACUAUACAUUGUGUGUGAGCAAACGAACCCCAACAAACCCCCUGAACUCUGCAUUUUUUAUCUUCUUUCGCUUUUUCACUCCCCAGCCCCCACCACCCCACCACCCUCCCUCCCUCUACCAUAUCUGCCAAAAAUUCUCAGACCACGCCAAGCAUAUCCUCUAAAUCAUACCCAUUAGCUGAUACCCAUUUUGCUCAAAUGUGCAUUUGAUUCCUCAAUAUACCUUUCCACAAACAGCAAAAUCCCCCUUUCAUUCCAUUCCAUAUACAUCCAUGGGGAGUAAUAGUUUCUCGUCCGACGACAUUUCCGACCAACACAGCGAGGAAGAGGAAGAGGAGGAGGAGGAGCUCUACGAAGACUACAGCUUGAGCGCUGACGUCAGCGAGUCGCCCUCCAGUUCCCUUUCCUCUUCCCCCGUCCCUACCCGUCCGACUACCGCAAGUUCCGGCUUUGCGCCGGUGCAGCCACCGGUGUUCUUGUUGCCGGUGGGUGGAGGGAAAGAUGCGGUGCUUUGGGACUAUAAGGUACAGAAGCCGGAGACCGGUUUGUCAGAAAUUGAGAUGAUGAAGGAAAGAUUUGCUAAGCUGCUUCUAGGGGAAGACAUGUCUGGAGGGGGUAAAGGAGUCUCUACUGCCCUUGCAAUAUCAAAUGCCAUCACAAAUCUCUCUGCUACUGUGUUUGGGGAGUUAUGGAGGUUGGAGCCAUUGGCACCGCAGAAGGCAGCAAUGUGGCGUAGAGAGAUGGAAUGUCUAUUAUGUGUGAGUGAUUCAAUUGUGGAGCUUGUUCCUUCCAUACAACAAUUCCCUGGCGGUGGCACUUACGAAGUCAUGGCCACCCGACCUAGGUCUGACUUAUAUAUGAAUCUUCCUGCCCUCAAGAAGCUUGAUGCUAUGUUGCUUAGCAUCCUUGAUGGAUUUCAAGAUAUGGAAUUUUGGUACGUUGACCGCGGCAUAGUCGUGGGUGAUGCAAAUGAUUGUGAUGUGUGUCCAUUGGGUGCAAGUGGUGGGACGCCUUCAAUUAGGCAGGAAGAGAAGUGGUGGCUUCCAUAUCCAAAGGUUCCUUCAAAGGGGCUAUCAGAGGACGCGAGGAAGAAGUUGCAGCAGUGCAGGGAUUGCACAAACCAGAUAUUGAAAGCGGCAAUGGCAAUCAAUAGCAGCGUUCUUGCUGAGAUGGAGAUUCCAGUUACCUAUUUGGAAACUUUGCCCAGGAGUGGAAAAGCUUGUCUUGGUGAUAUUAUCUAUCGCUACAUAACUGCUGAGCAGUUCACACCAGAAUCUCUUCUUGAAAGCCUGGACUUGUCAUCGGAGCAUAACACAUUAGAAGUGGUGAACAUGAUUGAGGCAUCUAUACAUGUGUGGAAGAAGAAAGGCCAGAGAAAACAUACAAAGCACCUGAAAGCUAAGCGUUCACCAUGGCGGCCCAAGGUCAAGGGCCUUGCUGCUGAUGGUAACAAAAAUCAAUUUCUAGGGCAACGAGCGGAGAUCCUUUUACAUAACCUGAGGCUCCGUUUCCCUGGCCUUCCGCAGACUGCAUUGGAUAUGAGCAAAAUUCAAUACAACAAGGACUUAGGACAAUCGAUUCUUGAAAGCUACUCGAGAGUUAUGGAGAGCUUGGCCUUCAAUAUAAUGGCAAGGAUUGAUGACGUCCUUUAUGUGGACGAUGCUACUAAGCAGUGUGCUGCUGCAGAAUCAAUGUCAUUUAUCAGUAGGGGAGGGUUCGAUGGUCUCCCCAUCCUAAAACGAAUAUCGCCUAGUCCCUUCUCAAUCCAGCACACCCCUUAUGGCUCUCCAUUUGGGACCCCAACCUUUUGUUCUUCCACUCCUGUGUUCCAAAGCCCAGGUAGGACACCUCCACCUUCAAACACUAAUACUAUUCCCUUCGACAAACUACUGGCUACUGACAUGGAGAACUUGUGGUCAUAUCCUGGGAACCUCAGUUCCAGAAGAAUCUCCCACAAUGCUCCCGAGCGCAAUUGACUUAUCGAGGGUAAUAGGAUGUUGAAAACCUGGUUAAAGGGACUUGUAAUGGUAGGGGGCUGAAAAUAGAGGUUGUUUCAAUCUUGUAUAGCAUGUUUCUUCGGUAGAAGCCGAGGGAAAAAAAAUUGUAUCUCCGGUAGAAUUAUCGCGGUUAAGAGUUUUGAGUUUUUUUUCAGGCGCUAGAUUGAGAAAUAUAUAUUAUUAUUGCUAUUACGUUUGAGAAA